CUCAGAUAUCUUCGAGGCUUAGGGUUUUCCCGAGCAGUGUCCACUUGGCUUCUAAAAGCUCAUCAAACUCGAAUUGACGCCAGACCACAACAAAAAGGAUAACUCCAUUCUUCUUUCUGCACACGCAUUUGCAGCAUUUUUGGUUGUUGUUGUUGUUGCUGUUGUUUGAAUUGACAUUAUAAAGAAGAACAUUAUGAAGUUUACGACGAAAGCACUGCUUGGGUUCUUAGUCGCCGCGCUGGCGACGACGACGGCGUCGGUGCGGGCACAGGAGUUUGACGACGACGCCGAGGAUGCGAUCGCGCCCAAGUUUGUGCUCGAGACCAAGUUCCUGGACAGCACGAGUCCGUUGACGCCCGUGGUGCUCAACACCGUGUCGACCAAUCUCGAGAUCUCGCUCGCGAACGAUGAGGAGAACGAGGCUAUCGUGCAGAUUGCUGGUGGGGCACUCUUCCAGGUUGGCAAGGAUGUUCCGUUUGAGAACAUCACCGCAACCCGUGUGGGUCCUAUCCAGAUUCCGCCUCACUCGAAGGUCCCGGUCCCGUACAGCUUUGUCGUCGACGUCGAGCCUAAGGAGUAUUUCCUUAGAAUCGUGCUGGUGAUUGAGUACGAGGGCCAGCUUGUCCAGUACCUUAGCUACAACUCGACCGUUUAUGUCGAGGACCCGCCUCUUUCGAUCUUUGAUCCUCAGAUGCUCUUCUUGUACCUUAUCCUCAUUGCCUUGUUCGGCGCCGCUGGAUACUACACCUUCACUUCUUACAUCCAGCCCAAGUACUUCCCCAAGAAGAAGGCCACCAAGAAGCGCGCCGCCCCUGCCGCCGCUUCCACCGUCACCGCCGAAUCCGCAGCGCAGUCUACGAGCGUCAACGCCAAGGGCUACGACGAGAGCUGGAUCCCCGAGCACCAUUUGCGGUCGAAGAGCCCCAAGCCGCGCGCUGUCAAGAAGACCGGCAAGAAGGCUACAAAAUAGAUAAUUGAGAAUCACUUCUCUUUGUAAUAUUUUUUGUCGCCCGCGGUGGUGGAAUUGUGGGUGGACGAUGAACGAGAAAUGAAUGAAGGCGGAGAGAGAAAAGAAUGAGGAAAAUGCACGGAACGGGAGCGAAAGAUAUAGUUUGACGAGGUUUAGUAUGCUGUACUUGUCGUUCUUAUGUUUUUUGAUCUUGCCAUGUUUAUAAUUCUGUAAUCUUUGCUCGAGUAUUAAUUGAAUGUAUAUUUAUAUAUGACUUGAAAAACCUGAACGUCUCAUAGCCCGAUAUCU